CUCAUUUUUUACGAUCGGAAUUGGGCUCGGAUUGGUGAUUCUCGAGAGCUUCGUUCCUCAAUCUCCAGAAUCACAGGCAUCGACUCGCAAAAUAUCAGCAAUACCCGAAACGGAGGGGAUUUACUGCGCCUACCAAGAAUCGGCAGGCGUAUGUCGUGGGCGUCCAACAGAGAUACCGAGCGACUGGAAGACCGAGCGUACUCGCUACUCGGCAUUUUCGACGUCAGGAUGGCCAUGCUUUAUGGGGAGGGCCAACGUGCAUUCGCACGUUUACAAGAGGAGAUCCUCAAGUGCAACGAAGAUGCCUCAAUACUGGUUUGG